CGAGACGAAGCAGCGGCAGCAGCAGCAGAGAAAGAACGUGUUUACAACGCGAACUUUUAAACAUAUUAAACUGCAGCUAUGCCGUAUGCUAACCAGCCCACGGUGAAGAUCACGGAACUGACUGACGAAAAUGUCAAGUUCGUCAUUGAAAAUACAGAUUUGGCGGUUGCAAAUUCUCUCCGCCGUGUGUUCAUGUCAGAAGUUCCCACUAUAGCAAUUGAUUGGAUCCAGAUCGAUGCCAAUUCAUCAGUACUGCAUGAUGAGUUCAUAGCACACAGAGUUGGUCUCAUACCUCUCACAAGUGAUGACAUUGUGGACAAAAUGCAGUAUUCUAGGGACUGUACCUGUGAUGAUUUCUGUCCAGAGUGUUCCGUUGAGUUGACCCUGGAUGUUCGAUGCACUGAAGAUCAGACUCGUCAUGUCACCUCACGUGACCUUUUGUCCAACAACCCCAGAGUCAUCCCAGUGACUUCCAGAAGUCGAGACAAUGAUCCCAAUGACUACGUUGAACAAGAUGAUAUUUUGCUCGUGAAGCUACGUAAGGGUCAGGAACUGCGACUCAGGGCAUACGCCAAGAAAGGCUUCGGUAAGGAGCACGCCAAGUGGAACCCAACAGCGGGGGUGUCCUUUGAGUAUGAUCCAGACAACGCACUGAGGCACACAGUCUUCCCAAGACCUGAGGAGUGGCCAAAGAGCGAAUAUUCAGAGAUUGAGGAGGAUGAGGUUCAGGCUCCCUAUGACCCCAACGGAAAACCCGAAAGGUUCUAUUACAAUGUGGAAUCAUGCGGCUCUCUGCGACCUGAGACCAUUGUGAUGUCAGCACUGGCUGUCCUAAAAAAGAAGUUAAGUGACCUGCAGACCCAGUUGAGCCAUGAGAUCCAGAAUGAUGUGCUCACCAUCAACUGAGGCGUCUCACUACCAGACCAGUGAUAGGUUUUAAGAUCCCAGUUAAGAUCACACAUCUCUAUUUUGUUUGUUUUGUUAAUUGUUACCUUUAAUAAUAAAAAAGAAAUCUCUUUA